GGCCCUACAAUAUGCUCAAAAGGAAAUGGGUCGCUAUUUGUAUGUUGCCACGCCUAUGCUAAAUUUUGUUGGGGACAACAGAGAACAUGGAGCUAGCGUUAUAACACUCUGUAUAGUUCACUCUCUUCCUGAGAUUGCAUUGCAUUUGCUCCACCAUCAUCCAGAGCUGGCUAUUGCUCAGACUAUCCAUUCUAAACAUACUCCAAUUUACAGAUUUUCAACAGACAUUUCUGAUGCGUUAUGCAAUCUCAGCUCUUCAGACACAGACAUAUAUGAUGAAAUUACAGGAGUUGAAAAUAUCUUACUUCAAAAUAUUAAAAGAGAAAAGAAUGUCGAAGCUGCCAGAUACCUUCUUCCAAGCAUUAACGUUGUCCGUAACUUGCCUUUCGUCCAAAACUUGCAUGCACAAAAUUUGCUUAGACAAAACAUUGAAGUUGCCCAUAACCAUGUCGUGCAAUGCAUUGACUGCCAAUAUCAACGUUGAAAAUGCCCAGAACCUUGCACAGAACCUCGCCCAAAAUCUCAGAGCAGUAGUCAUACACCAUGCUCCGGACGUGGAUCAAGCUGCACAAAACCUUGCCCAGGUCGUUGAAGCUGCACAAAACCUUGCCCGGGUCGUUGAAGCCGCACAAAACCUUGUCCAGAACCUUGAAGAUGCAAAAAACCUUUUCCAGAACCUUGAAGAUGCACAAAACCUUGCCCAAAAUCUCGAAGCUAUACUAAAUCUUUCCCAGAACCUUCAAGCUGAAGUUGCACAAAACCUUCCCCAGAACCUUCAAGCUACACAAAACCUUGUCCAGAACAUUGAAGUUGCACAAAACCUUGCUCAAGACCUUGAAGCUGCACAAAACCUUCCCAUGAACCUUGAAGCUACACAAUACCUUGCUGAUGAAGUUGCACAAAACCUUCACCAGAACCUUGAAGCUGCACAAAACCUUGCCCAUGAAGUUGCACAAAACCUUGAAGCUACACAAAGCCUUGCCCAUGGAGCUACACAAAACGUUAGAGUUGCACAAAACAUUCUCCAGAAACUUGAAGCUACACCAAAAGUUGCCCAGAACCUUGCUCAGUAUCUCUUAGCUGCAAACCUUUCUUUCACACUUCAAGGACAAAACCAUGCCCAAGAUCCAAAUUAUCUCCCCAAUGCCCAGGGAGACCAACCUAACUUUUACAAUUUACACCAAGCUCAAAUACGCCAUGCCCACAAGGUCAAAGAUGCCCAUAACCUUGCCGAGAACAUUGAAGCUUCUGGGAAUCUUGCCCAGGACCUCGUGAACCUCUACUCCCAUAAACUUGCCGAAAACAAAAAGAAUCUCAAUAAUCAGUUGGGUGACCUAAAUCGCCUUCAAAUAGACAUGCAAAAUGCCCAAAACCUUGAACAAUACAUCACAAAUGAUCGGAACCUCCUAACCCAAAACCUUGCACAGAACAUGGCAAAUAACCAAAACCUCCCACAGCGAAAACUCCAAGCCCAAACCCUUGCACAAAACAUCACAAUUGCCCAGAGAUUUGCCAAAAAUUUUGCCCAGAACUUCCAAGCCAACAACCUUGAUCAUAACAUUGAAGCUUCCCAAAUGAUUGUCAAUAAUCUUACAAAUGCCCGUAACCUUCUCCAAAACCUCCAAGCUCAGGACUUAAAAGCUGCCCAAAGCGUUGCCGAAAGCCUUGCCCAAAACAUUGAAGAUUCCCAGAGGCUUCACCAGGACGUCAACGAUACCUUGAACUAUGCUACGAAUCUCAGAAUUAGAUAUCUCGCAGAUGCAGGUACCCUCGUCCUAAUGAUUCAAGGUGCCCAACGCAUUGAACCCGCUAUUGUUCAACGUAGCUCGGUGCUUGUUACAAGUCUCCAAGUCCACAACCUUAUCCAGAACCUCCAAACUCAGAAUUUUUCUCGUAAAGUCAAUGUUGUCCAGAACCUUGAUAGACAGCUCAGAGAAACUCAAGUUUCCCAGAACGCUGUUCAAGGCAUUGAACUUUGCCAGAACCUUGCUCAGGGCCUUGUUCAGAUCCUCGAAGCUCCCGAACCUGAGCAAUUCGUUGGUGAGAACCCCGAAGCUGUCAACCACGAACAUGUCGUUGCUCCGAACUGUGGAGAUACAGGAAGAAGAGUUUUGAGGGAAUCGAAACUAAAUCAUCACCGUACGUUGGCGAUUCUAAAUUGUAUGUACAAACACAUGGUAGGCUUACAGGAGAAGCGCAUGAAGAUGGCAAAGGUAGAUAAGGCAUUGGAGGAAGUUGCUCGACGAGGCCUACUUGAUGUUUUUGAAACUAUAAAUAAGGCAAAUCCUUCAAUUCUACGCCACCCAAUUGCUUAUGGUGUUUUCAAUGUGGCAGUUAAAUAUCGUCAUCGUAAUAUAUUUUCUCUUUUACAAAGGAUUCCUAAUAGAAAUGCGAUUACAAAUACAAUCAGUGUGACUAAAAUUGGAGAAAAGUAUAGCAUAUUACAACAUGCAGCAGUAUUGGCCCCUGCUAAUCACCUGAGUAAAAUCCCUGGACCAGCUUUACAAAUGAAAAGUGAACUAGAAUGGUUCGAGGAGGUGAUACAAAAGUCUACAGUGUUUCCUCAUCAUGUAGUGGAAGCAGAGGAGUUGUUUACCAAGGAACACAAGGAAUUGAAGAGCGCAGGAGAAAAAUGGAUGAAGGAUACAGCUACUGCUUGUAGUUUGGUGGGUUCCUUCAUCAUUACCAUAAUGUUUGGAAUGGCAUUAAUUGUUCCUGGCGGUAGCCUAGACAAGGACGAGGGCCUCAUAAGGGCCGGCAGUCCCAUACUCUUACACAACAGAUUGUUCACAAUCUUUGUCGCAUUCGAUGCUAUAUCACUCUUCUCCGCCACAUGUUCGGUAAUAAUGUUCUUAUCCAUUCUCACGUCUCGCUGCAGACACAAAGAAGUUCUCAUAUCCUUGCCCACAAAACUAAUGGCAGGCCUUAUCUUCCUUUUCCUUUCUAUUGCAACAAUGACUGUAACUUUUUGUGCAGCCCUUGUGAUUCUGUACGAGACAAACAUUCAAAGAGCAUACAUUAUAUCUUUGUCGCAGUUGCCAUUAUAGUAGUUAUAUUUUUAUCGACGCAUUACGAACUUCUAUGGCAAAUAGUCAAGCACACUUGUCGAUCAUGGGUCACAACCUUGAGAGAUUUAUUUCGCCGUUGUUGUUGUUGAAGAAAAUAAAAGGAAAGGAGUUUACCAAAUAAUUUUGAGUUGAAUCUUGAAUUAUAGGUCAUUAUUACCUUUAAGACGUUCGCGAGCAGACUAAACACCACCAUGUGGUCUCCAAAACAAAAUAGCUCGGUCAACAACAUUGUCGCUGACUUCCACGGGUAGAAGAUGGAACACCCAAAUUUGAUACCACUGGCUGGAUUGAAAAUCGUUUUAAGAAACUGUUUUUCGUUUUCCAUUUAAUUAAUCAUUUUCCAAUUAAAGUGUGGGAUAAAGACUUCUAUGUAAUUUAUUUUAUUAUUUUAUUUUGAAAAUGAUUUGUGU